AUGAGGCGGGUGUCCUUGCGCGUGGUCAACCUUGCUGGGACGGGGUUGGCGGAACAAAUACGGCUGGGUGAUGGUGAAGAGACGGCGAGGAGGGCGCCCGUGGACGACGACGACGAACCCUCCAGGCCUGAUUUGUCCAAGUCGCUACCUAUCAGAGGCCGAACGUUGGGCUUUUUGGGCCCUGAUAGCAAAGUUCGCCUUUGGUUGUUUAACUUUCUCGUGUAUCCAUGGACUGAACCUGUUAUUCUUCUACUUAUUGUACUCAAUGCUGUCGUGCUUACUAUACAGGCUUUCCCUUCUCUAACUUUGCCCACGGCGAAUGGGCCAACUCUGCCUCCCCAUAUUCAAGGAUACUUUCACACAUGGGAGGACUAUGCUCUUUUUGCUUUAUUCGUUGUGUUUACUUUGGAAGCUAUCGCCCGCAUCUGCGUUACCGGUUUUCUCUUCGAUCCUGAGAUAUCCUACCACCCUUCACCUACCACCACCCCACAACUCCAAAGGAACGAUACUGUCACGGGUAGAGUAAGAAACGCCGCGCACAGGGCGCAUGCCACAAUUCGUGAGCCUGCGGAACCGACAUAUCUGUCUCGUGUAAUGAAAUCUGAAACCGUCAGCGGGGAUCCUGAUGCGAUCUCUCUGCCUUUUAGUUUCAGCAUCGGAAACUUACACGAUAAGACGCAGAGGAACGUGCCUUACCUGCGACAAAGCUGGAGUCGAAUCGACUUUGUUGCUAUCCUCAGCUUCUGGAUAAUGUUUGGUUUGGCGAUGGCCGGCAUCGAGAAGGGAACAUACCACGUUGGGAUUUUUAGAGCCAUGAGCGUUAUAAGGACUGCUAGGUUGCUUACGAUAACAUCGGGUACUACGACGAUUCUCCAUUCACUAAAAACUGCUCGUCCUCUCCUUACAAGUGUGGCUUACUUUGUGUUAUUUGCUAUGGUGCUGUUUUCAAUUAUCGGCGUUCAGUCGUUCAACGGAUCGUUUCGUCGCAGCUGCAUACUCAGUCCCACCCUUGGUGAGGCUGAAAUCCUCUUGCAAGACCAAUUUUGCGGAGGUUACAUCGAUCCUGUUACUUUCGAACGUACUGGUUAUAUAGAUAUAAGCAACAACACGUUCCCGACACCCAAAGGUUACAUCUGCCCUCUUGGGCAGCUUUGCAAGGUAGGACAAGUGAACCCCAAGCACGACAUCGAAAGUUUUGAUGCUAUUCACUAUGCCGCCCUUCAAGUACUCAUUGUCGCCAGUGCCAACGGGUGGGCCCCGAUGAUGUACUCCAUGAUCGACGCGGAAUUCUUCGUUUCUUGUUUCUUUUUUAUCCUUGCGAUCAUUGUCCUUAAUUUUUGGCUUAUCAACCUGUUCGUCGCUGUCAUUACCCACACAUUUGCUGCCAUUCGCUCGACAACCAGCAAAAGUGCUUUUGGUGCUGCACCCCUUGUCAAGUUCGAUAAACAAGAUGAUGAUUGGUUAGGUGAAAACGGCCGCAAAGCUGCCACAAGGCCAAAUACAGCGAAAGUCAUAUACGAAUAUACCAAGUGGUGCUGGGUGAUCCUUGCUCUUGCAUCCCUCGGCCUGCAAGCCUCCAAGACCGUCGACAUGUCUGAAAGCCAAAAGCUUGCCCUAUACUAUGGCGAACUUGGCAUUACAAUAGCAUUCGACAUCGAGAUUGUACUCCGAGUUUUCGCCACUCUACCUCACUGGAGGACGUUCUUCCAACAUGGAAACAACUGGCUGGAUACAAUACUCGCCAUUGGAUCAACUAUCAUUCAACUGCCGGCUAUCCGACAUUCAGAACUGUAUCCUUGGUUUACAAUCUUUCAGCUGGCGAGAUUCUACCGAGUCAUAUUGGUGGUGCCUCGCAUGAGGCCACUCUUGCUCGCCGUUUUUGGAAACAUGUAUGGUCUUGCUAACAUGUCUUUGUUCCUCUUCCUUAUCAACUAUAUCGCUGCCCUGGUUGCCGUGCAACUUCUUCGCGGCGAUUUUGGUAACAACACGACUAUCAAUUUCGGAGAGGCUUUCAAUGCUUUCUUGGCCAUGUAUCAAGUAUUUUCUUCUGAAAACUGGCCGGAUGUCUUGUAUGGGGCGGCUCAAGCGGAAAUACAGCUGCGCCAAACGGCCAUCGUUAUCAUCUUCGUCUCGGGCUGGAUGAUAUUUGCCAACUUCAUUGUCCUACAAAUGUUCAUCGCCGUGAUCAACGAGAACUUUGAGGUCGCAGAAGAGGCUAAGAAAGGAAAACAGGCAACGCAUUAUUUGAAUCAGAAUCAGGCAGAGCAAGCUUCGUCCCCAUGGCUUCGUCGUUUGAACCCAUAUCGGUGGGUCAAAGCCAAUCCUGUAACGGUGAAGGUGGAAAACCUUCCCUCAAACCUCGUUCUGCCCAUGCAGAAGGCAUUAAUUCAAGACUUUGUGUUAAGCAAACGUUUCAAGCCAGGCCAUUACUCUUCCAAAUCCCUCACAGCCCUUCAGAAACUCUUCGCAGGCGAGGUGAAAUCAGGCAGUACUAUGGCUACGCUACGGCACGCGAGGCAGGAACCCAGUGCGGACCCCUAUGACGAGGAGAUAGAGAGACACCUACUUUUACACAGUGAGCUUCUGGCGUCCGUGAAUCCAGAUGCCGGCCUGGGCGAAAACGCUGAGGAUGAAUAUUAUGAGAGAAAAGCCUUGCGAGCCGACUUUAUCCGCAAUCACCCCACAUAUGACAAGGUAUUUGGGGUUAUAUCGCAGAAGAACUGGGUCCGCCAGCUGUGCCAGCAGGUAGUGCAACCUCCAAAGCGCGAGCGCAUUUUUGGCAAGCCUUACUCUCCAAUCGCGCUCCCCAUCUUCCAAAUGGCUAUACUCUUGACCGUCAUUGGUGGGAUCGCCGUUGAAAGUGUCGCUACUCCACUUUACCGCCGCCAUUACUAUGCGACUCAUGGUUUGGUUCGAGGGGCGUGGUUUGAUGUUGCUGAGUCUGUGUUUGGCCUUGUACUCUUCCUGGAGUUCAUGAUCAAGGUUAUUGCUGAUGGGUUCCUCAUAACCCCAAACGCUUACCUGCGGAGUAUUUGGAACUUCAUUGACUUUCUUAUCAUGAUUGGCAUCAUCGUCAAUGUGACUACAGGCAUCAUUUUCAUUGGCGGUCUCACUCGCAUUACUCGAUCUUUGAAGGCGCUCCGAGCUCUUCGUCUGAUCACUCUGAUCGAUCACAUGCGAAACACCUUUGAAUCUCUCAUCAUCUCAGGCGCUGUCCGAAUUCUCGAUGCUGCCGUUCUUGCCAUCCUGUACAUGAUUCCUUACGCGGUAUGGGGACUCAACAUCUUUGCUGGGAGGAUGAACACCUGCAAUGACAGGGGUGCAAUUGGUAUGGCCGACUGCAUCAACGAAUAUCCGAACACCAUUGUCGAUAACAACUCUUUUGGCUUCCCCGUUCCACGUGUUUGGGAUAAUCCAUCACCAUCAACCAGCUUCAGCUUCGACUCAUUCCGUGCAUCCUUGCUUAUCCUAUUUGAGAUUGUCUCUUUGGAGGGGUGGAUUGACGUCAUGUCUGUGGCGAUGAGCAUUACAGGCAAAAAUGAGCAACCUCAAACGAAUGCUUCUCAGGCUAAUGCUAUCUUUUUCGUCAUCUAUAACCUUCUCGGUGGAGUCGUCAUUCUGACCCUCUUCGUUAGUAUCAUCAUCAACAACUUCAGCUCCAAAACUGGAACAGCAUUUUUGACAAAUGCUCAGCGUGAGUGGAUCGACCUGCAAAAGCUAUUUAGACGACAGCGACCAUCAAAAAGACCAAAGGUUCGACCUACAACUCCAUUCCGAUCGUGGUGCUUCGACCGUGCUGUCCAUAAACACGGCUGGUGGACUCGGGCAAUGACACUGCUCUUUUUAUUGCACAUUCUUGCAUUGAUGUAUGCUGCCUUAUGGAUAACACUACCUUUGAAAUGCAGUUCUCCGUCUGAUUAUCUUUUAGAUGAUUUCUUUCUCGGUCUCAUGUCCAUCUACAUUCUCGAUGUCGUUGUGCGUUGGUAUGGUCUGGGCUGGCGCAGUUUUCGCGCCAAUGGAUGGAACCUAUUCGACAUUGUGGUAUCUAUUGGGAGCUUCAUCACAACCCUUAUCGUUCGUUUUGGAGGAAGUCGAGGCAGCGGUUUUGGCAUACAGCAACUGCAAAAGCUAUUCCUUGUUAGCAUUGCUUUCAAGCUGGUGCAGCGUACCAACAGUCUUAAUAUGCUUUUCAAGACUGCCGUGGCGAGCUUGCCAGUCAUAAUCAACCUUCUUGGCCUAUGGCUUAUCCUUUUUAUCUUCUUCGCGAUUCUAUUUGUCGAGGUGUUCGGAUUGACAAAGUGGGGUAGUGCCGAAAACAGAAGUGCCAAUUACGAAUCUCUUGGAUCUGCGUUGGUCAUGUUGGCUUUCCAAAGUACUGGAGAAGGCUGGAACCAAUACAUGCAUGACUUUGAUUUAACAUACCCUCGAUGCACCAACUCAUCCAAGAGAAAAGCCGAAUCUGAUUGCGGGAGUACAGCAUGGGCCUUUGCUUUGUUCAUUGCCUGGAACCUUCUAAGCAUGUAUAUCUUUGUGAACAUGUUCACCGGUGUUGUGGUCGAGAAUUUCUCAUAUGUCUUCCAAGCGUCUGGUAGCGGAGCCAAGUCGAUAUCAAGAGAGCAGAUGCGAUCGUUCAAGAAAGUAUGGGCUGAACUCUCCAAUCCGAAGACUGGGUAUCUUGAGCGUCAGAACUUCACCGCCUUUUUCGGGAAACUCAGUGGGAUUUUCGAAGUUCGAGUAUACCCCGCGGAGUACAGUGUCCGCAACAUCCUCUCUGUUUGCACAGACCCCUUGGGCCAGGAUGCAUGGUCACCGCGUGUUGUCAGUGGCGUUGAUCUCAGCAAGGUUGAAAAGAUCUUAGACGGCAUUGAUUACAAUGAGAUUCGCAAGCGAAGGGCCAUCUAUUGUCGGCUCUACCAUGAAGCAACCAUAUCCCACGAACCGGGUCUGGGGAUAUCAUUCACUAAUAUCCUGGAAGAUCUUGUAGCUCGAACCGAAACAAUCAAGCUGGUGACGGAUCUUGUGAACCUCGACCGUGUCCGAUCCCUGCUAAAAGCGAUCUCGGAGCGGAAAAAGUUCUUGGAAUACAGAGAACAAAAACGGGCUGCGAGGCUCGGGCAAGAAAUUCCCUCAAUCGUCGUGGAGGACAUGCCCGAGACACCACCGCUUUCUUCGAGGGACAUAGCAAGUGCGUCCUUUGAGAGUCCCUCGCAAACUUUCAGUGCCGUUCCUCGGCUCAGCCACCACGAUGUCUCCUUCUCCAUGGACAUUCCAACUGGGUCGAGGUUGCAAAGAAGCAGACGACCGAGCGAUUAUAGCAUGUUUUCUGCGGAUAGUUUCAGAUCUGCGUAA